UAUGAUUAACUAAAACACAGGUACAUGUAAAUUUAAAUCGUUCUAGAAUCGUCAAAAUGGGAUUGGGUACCUGCUACUCAAACACUAGAGAUUACAAUCAAUUCGAAUAAAGUAUAAAUAGAAACAACUCCUUCAAUUGUUUUGACUCAUCCAGAAGGAGAUGUAAAUAUAUAUCAAUAAAACAUUCUUAGGCCUAUCCUGAACCAUAUGUUACUUUGGUUAUUGACACAGAGAAACAACUAAAAUAUUCUGAAGAAUUAGGAUGGAAUUGGCAUAAGAGCUGGAAUUUACCAAAUAUUGUGGUUAGAUUAGAAGUAAAGACUUUUACAUAUUAAUAGAUCAAAGAUUCAUAAACAUAGGAACUUUUACUUUCUCCUAAAAAUUUGUAUGCUUAAUUAUAUGCUGUUAAAAAAGUAUAAGAAGGUAGUCGUGUGAUUCUUUAAGAUGUUGGAUUAAGAGGAACAAGUAAAUUAGAACUGAUUGAUGGUCAAGCAUAUUUUUCAGUAAAUUAAUUUGCAAAUUUUAUUAUAGGCAUUGAGAUUUGCAUCAACCUCAUAUAAUAAUGAAGGUGUGAAAUUUCAUUUAUUAAUGAGUGUCUACAUUCAAAAUUCUGAUACUGAAAAACCUCAAAUAUUGAAUUCCACAAUUUCUCCUCCUAUCUUUGUAGACAGUCGAAAGAGUGCUGGAAAUUCUGAAUAAAAAAAAUUAUAUUUACAUGCAGAACCAUUUACUUUUGACUUGUUAGAUAAAAAGUAUUUCAAAAGAGAAAACAAAAGGAAGACUGAACAAGAUGUAGAAAUAGAAAAUGACUUCGAGAGUCUUUUUAAUUAUUUAACUGCUCCCAAUAUUCGUCAUAAGGUUAAACAUCCUUUAUUUUUAAUCAUCAAAUUUUCUACUUGUGUUUCUCUCUACUAUAAUCCUAUGAGUGUAGAAGGAAAUAUUAAAAUAAUAAUGGAGAAACUCUAAAGUCAAUUAACUAAAGAUAUUAUUACUAAAUAAUUGAGUACAGCUGGUGAGAAAUAAUUUUAUUUGUUGAUAGAAGAAAAUAAUGAUUAAAAUAAAAAUAAAAAAGUAACUGAAGCUAUUGAUUUUCUUAAUACUGGAUGUUUGGAAAUUGUUAGAAAAGAAGAUUAAAUUCCUUCUAAAUUUAUUAAAUUAGGAGAUUCUGCAGAAAUAUUAGAGAAUUAUAAAUAAUGCUUUGAUCAAUUAUUAAAGAUUUUUAAAUAAUUAACCUAGAAAUUUUGUGAGAGUGAUUCAAAUGAAUCAGAUGAUAAUUAUUCUGAUUCAGAACCUUAAUCCCCAUAAAAGAAAGUCAAAUUAAAUGAAUAUUAGAACUAACCAUCUGCAUCUAAAAUGGAAAAAUUAGAAUAAGAAAUUAAGAAACCAAUUAUUCCUCCUGAAUAAAAUCCUAUAUAAUUGCAAUAAUAAUAACUGACUGACAUUGUAAUCUAAUAAGCACUUAAUUAAUAAUAAUAGAAACCUAUUUAAUAAUAGUAAUAAUAGUAAUAAUAAUAAUAGUCGUAAUAAUAAUAAUAAUAAUAAUAAUAAUAGUAAUUAUAAUAAUAAUUAUUAUUAUAAUAAUAAUUAUAGUAAUAAUAAUAAUAAUAAUAAUAACCAACUAAAAACAAACCAAAUGAUAUUAUAAAUAAACCUAUUACUACUUAAGCACCUAACUUAACUUAAUAGAAUCCAUAAUUAUAAAAUAAAAAAUAAGUAGGGUAACCAUCUUCUUCAUUCACUGCUCCUUAACCAACUCAAUAACAACUAUAACCACCUUCUAUUUAACAUCAAUAACCCUAUCAAAAAUCAAGUCAUAUCCCAGGUAUCCAACCUAUUAAUAUUCCUGCCCAAGGUUUAUAAGGAGCACCUUAACAUAUGAAUCCUGCAUUCCCUUAUUAAUUCUCAUAACCUCUUGAUUCUAAUGCCUUGUAAUAAGUCAUGUAAUAUAAUCAACUUCAAUAAUUACUACUUUUAUAGUAGUAAUAAUAACUAAAUUAAUAAUCUUUCCCUCCUUAAACAGGAAUGAUGGGUAAUCCAAUGCAAUCUUAAUUAUUGAAUUACAUGUCAAGCUUAGGUGGAUUAGGAAUGAAUUAAGGUUAAAUGAAUCCUCAAUCUUUGAUGGGAUAAAACUAAAACUUUUAAUAAUUAUAACAAUAAUUAUUAGCUUAACAAUUAAGUUCUUAAUUGGGACUUUAAGCUGGAUUACCUUAAUAGUUAGGAGCUGGAAUGGGUAUGAAUCCAUUAUAACAGUAAUAAUACUUAUAGUAACAAUUGUAAUAACAAAUGGGUUUAGGCAGUUUUCCAAAUUUUAAUCCAUUGAUGGGACUUUACUAAGGAUAGUAACACAAUAUAAAGAAACCUGGAGAAGGAUCAGGAAUAAUAAAAUAAGAGCCAUAAUGA